CUGUUACUUUCAUUGCGAAGCGAAUACAAAUCUCUUCUGCGCUGCACUGACCACGUGAAAACAGCACCUUUCGUAAAUCCAAGAUGGCAGCCACCCUAGGAAGACUUCUCAGAACUUCGGUCUCUGCAGCUGGACUUCGGUCUGGUCCUCCGGCUGCAGUGUCAGCCAGCCGGUCAUCUAGAAUUCUGAGCUUUUCUCCUGCCCACAAAGCCUGCUUCAGCACAGGUAGUGCACGCUGGACCCCAGUGGUCACUCAGCACGCACCACAUUUCCAGGGCACUGCUGUCCACCACGGGGAGUUCAAGGAGAUCAGUCUGGAUGACUACAAGGGCAAAUACCUGGUGCUCUUCUUCUACCCUCUGGAUUUCACCUUCGUCUGCCCGACUGAAAUCAUCGCCUUCAGCGACAAGGCCAGCGAGUUCCACGAUGUGAACUGUGAGGUGGUGGGCGUGUCUGUGGACUCUCACUUCACCCACCUGGCGUGGAUCAACACUCCCCGGAAGAACGGGGGGCUGGGCAAGCUCAACAUCCCCCUGCUAGCCGACCUCAACAAGCAGGUGUCCCGGGAUUACGGAGUCCUUCUGGAGGGGCCAGGUAUCGCACUGAGGGGCCUGUUCCUCAUCGACCCCAGCGGAGUGGUGAAGCACAUGAGCGUGAACGACCUGCCCGUGGGCCGCAGUGUGGACGAGACGCUGAGGCUGGUCAAGGCCUUCCAGUUCGUGGAGACGCACGGGGAGGUGUGUCCUGCCAGCUGGACCCCCGACUCGCCCACGAUUAAGCCAACGCCAGAAGGAUCGAAGGAGUACUUUGAGACGGUGAACUAGAACUUUGGGUUUUCUUCUUUGAACCUCAAGAACAGCUGGACGCAUUGAAGCACCACUUAGUGCACCAUUUUAUUGCUCAAUGAAGACCUGAAGAAACUGAUAUAAUAAUACUAUUAUUUUCUGUCAGAGCACUUAAUUGUAUUUGAUGCAAAAUAAAAAUCUCUUAUGUUGACUAA